AUGCUUAUUGAAAUUAUUUUACUUUUAAGUUCUUCCUCAUUUGCUCUUCUCUUUCAAGCUGAUGAACUGGGAGAAUAAAUUCACGAUUGUGCAAAGUUGUUUAUAUUCGGAACACUUAUUACUGAAUAUCCUUGGAUGAUGGUAGGAAUUAUCACUUUUGUGUGGAUUAAAGAAUGUUUCAGAUCAAAGGAUUCUCAUCAACAGGACAAGCAUCAGCCGAACCCUGCCAUUAUUAUACAUCAUGCAAGAGAUGGUGCCACGGCCACAUCAACUGAAAAUGUACCACCUACCAUAGAGGCUGUGUAAAUCUUCGACUAUGCUACUGGAGAAAGCCAAUAUGCAUUAAUCUAGAAAACUGAGAAGAGUUUGUUGACUCAAUUAGGAGUCACAAUGAAGAAUACAAUUUUGUUAGAGAAAGGCAGACAAUAAGAUGCAAGUGUUAAUUCCAAAUUAAUCUCACAUAUUGAUCAACAGAAGAGGGCUAAUGCUUAGAAUAUUUCCAUCAUUUAUGAAGACAACAGCGAGUACCAAUAAAACUAGGUAAAACCUCAUGUUUCCAUUCCAUUUAAAAUUGGGGAUUUUGAUAAGUAGAUGGGCGAAAUUAUAUAGGCAGAAAUAUUAUCGGGGGAAUAUCCAAUGGAGAGUAAAGUAGUUGAUACAAAAUUAAAGUACGAGUAGGCUUUGAUUUCGAUUUUAAUAAUCUCAGUGAUUCCUCAGGUUGAUGGUUUGGUAUUCAGAUUGGUUAAUUCAAUUCUAUUUGGAGUAGUGCUUCAUUCAGCAGUGCAAAGAAAAGAGAUACUAACAAUGUCUCACCUUAUAUAUAUGAUUAUACUAUUAACUGGUUGUGUAGUUGCCUAUAUUAUCGGAUUAUAUUAUCAAUCUAUCAAUAUUAGAUAAACACUUUUGGGGUGUCUGUUAUGGUCAUUUCAACACGUCAACCCAAACCUAUGUUUAUUGGUGUUUCCUCUACCCACACUAUUGUAUUUAGAAGGCUUAUGA